UCUCAAAUGGAGGACAACAGAAGCCGGGGAAGAGAAAACUCCCCCGAUCGAAGGAGAAGGAGAAGGAGAAGGGUCCUGUGAUCCAAUAUCGAAGUGCGAGGUGUUCCCGCUGCUCUAAAUUUCUCCGCCGGCAGCACAAAUCGCCGCCGAUUGUCCUUUUUCCGGCGGCGGAUCUGUCGCAGGUUGGUUCUUGAAUUGUCUUCGUGUUUGUUGAGUUAUUCGAGUAUAGGGGAAAUGGAUAGCUUGCAGAAGAAAGGGAGUGGGACGCCGGUUUCUCCUUGUGAUACUCCUAGAUCGAGCGAGAAAUUCGGAAGAGAUCUCCGAUCUGGCGAUGGAACCGGCCAUUUAAGCUGUAAGAAUGAUAAGGAUAAGGGCGUCAACGUUCAGGUCAUCCUCCGAUGCAGACCUUUGAGUGAAGAAGAGGCGAGGUUGCGGACGCCUGUGGUUAUAUCCUGCAACGAGCCGCGGCGGGAAGUAUCGGCAAUGCAGAAUAUUGCAAACAAACAGAUCGACAGAACGUUUGCGUUUGACAAGGUUUUUGGUCCAACAUCCCAACAGAAGGAUUUGUUCAAUCAUUCUAUCUCUCCUAUUGUGAAUGAGGUUCUUGAGGGAUACAACUGCACGAUUUUUGCAUAUGGGCAGACUGGUACUGGCAAAACAUACACAAUGGAAGGUGGAGGGAAGAAGGCUAAGAAUGGAGAGUUCCCAAGUGAUGCUGGUGUGAUCCCGAGGUCUGUUCGCCAAAUCUUUGAUACACUAGAAGCACAAUGUGCAGAGUACAGCAUGAAGGUUACUUUUUUAGAGCUGUACAAUGAGGAAAUUACAGAUCUUCUAGCUCCUGAUGAAUCAAAGUUCCCUGAUGACAAAUCAAAGAAACCUAUAGCUCUAAUGGAAGAUGGGAAAGGAGGUGUAUUUGUUAGAGGGUUGGAGGAGGAGGUGGUUCGUACAGCCAGCGAAAUAUACAAGAUAUUGGAGAAAGGUUCUGCAAAGAGGCGAACUGCCGAGACUCUACUAAACAAACAAAGCAGUCGUUCUCACUCCAUAUUUUCCAUCACAAUUCACAUCAAGGAGGUUACUCCAGAGGGGGAAGAAAUGAUCAAAAUUGGGAAGCUUAAUCUUGUUGAUUUAGCUGGUUCAGAGAAUAUUUCAAGAUCAGGUGCUAGGGAUGGUAGGGCAAGGGAAGCUGGAGAGAUAAACAAAAGUCUUCUUACACUGGGUCGUGUCAUUAAUACACUAGUAGAGCACUCUGGCCACAUUCCAUACAGAGAUAGCAAGCUAACAAGAUUAUUGAGGGAUUCCUUGGGUGGGAAAACGAAGACUUGCAUCAUUGCUACCAUAUCACCUUCAAUUUACUGUUUGGAAGAGACACUGAGCACCUUAGAUUAUGCUCACCGUGCCAAAAAUAUAAAGAACAAGCCAGAGGUUAAUCAAAAGAUGAUGAAAUCUGCAAUGAUCAAGGAUCUAUACUCUGAGAUUGAUCGUCUUAAACAAGAGGUAUAUGCUGCUAGGGAGAAAAAUGGCAUCUAUAUUCCUAGGGAUCGUUUUCUGCAAGAAGAAGCUGAAAAGAAGGCUAUGGCGGAAAAAAUUGAACGUAUGGAAAGCGAAUCGGAAUCGAAAGAUAAGCAAUUAGGUGGUCUUCAAGAGCUUUACAAUUCUCAACAAAAAUUGAGUGCAGAACUAAGUGAAAAACUUGACAAAACCCAGAAAAAAUUGGAGGAAACUGAAAAUCAACUUCUUGACCUUGAAGAAAGAUAUCGACAGGCGAAGUGCACUAUUAGAGAAAAGGAAUAUUUGAUAUCGAAUCUCCUCCAAUCAGAGAAAUCGCUCGUUGAGCGUGCACAUGGCCUUCAAUCAGAGUUAGAGAAUGCUGCUGCUGAUAUUUCUGGAUUGUUCUCUAAAAUUGAACGCAAAGAUAAGAUAGAGGAGGGAAACAGAAUUCUUGUGCAGCGUUUUCAAUCUCAGUUGACUCAGCAGUUGGAUGUAUUACAUAAGACUGUCUCCUCUUCUGUGACACAACAGGAGAACCAACUGAAAGAAAUGGAAGAAGACAUGCAAUCUUUCGUCUCUGCAAAGAUUACGGCUACCGAUGAACUUAGAGGACUGGUUGAAAAAUUGAAAGCCAUGUAUGGAUCUGGGAUCAAAGUAUUGGAUGAUUUGGCUGGAGAACUAGAUGAAAAUUCUCAAUCAACUUUUGGGAAUUUGAAAUCACAAGUGCUAACACAUUCUUCUGCUCUUGAGGAUUGCUUUAAAGGUUUUGCUUCAGAGGCUGAUAAUUUGCUUGGUGAGCUUCAAAGAGCUCUUUUUAACCAAGAGGAUAAAUUAAAUGCAUUUGCACGGCAGCAACGUGAGGGACACCUAAGAACUGUGGAGACAACACGCUCUAUCUCAAAUACAACCAUUAAUUUUUUCGACACACUAGACAUUCACGUAUCAAAAUUAAGCAAAAUUUUGGAAGAAACUCAGACUUCGCAAUACCAGCAGCUCAGCGAGCUAGAAAGGAAGUUUGAGGAAUGUGCUGCCAAUGAAGAAAAGCAAUUGCUAGCGAAGGUGGCAGAGAUGCUGGCAAGCUCAAGUGCUAGGAAAAUAAGUUUGGUUCAAACAGCAGUUGAUACUCUCAGAGAAAACGCUGCUGAUAGAACAAGCAAUCUACAGAAGGAAAUGUCUAAUGCUCAUGAUUUCACCUCAUCUGUCAAAGAAAAAUGGAUGGUUUACAUGAACGAAACUGAAAAGAAUUAUCAUCAGGAUACUAUAACGGUCGAUAGUGGAAGAUGUUGCUUGGAAGAAGGUCUGAAGGAUUGUCUGGAAAAGGCCAAAAUGGGUUCAAGACAGUGGAAAGAUGCUCAGGAUUCUCUGCUGAGCUUGUGGAAAGGAAAUGUUGCAUCAGUGGAGUCAAUUGUUUGGAAUGGAAUGGAGGCCAAUCAGCUAUUACGAGCUAAGUUGUCUUCUGCUGCUUCAAAUGCACUUGGGGAUGUUGAUAACGCAAACAACGGUCUUCAUUCCUCUAUAAACUGUUCCCUGAAACUUGACCAUGAUGCAAGUGCGAACAUCGACUCCAUCAUCGUGCCAUCACGAGGUGAUCUAAGGAACUUGAGGAGUGGACACUAUCACAGGAUCGUUGAGAUCACAAAUAGUGCUGGAAAAUGCUUGGAAGAGGAGUACACGGUGUAUGAACCUUCUUGUUCCACACCAAAAAGGAGAUCAAUCAAUUUGCCCACUGUGGCAUCCAUUGAAGAGCUGAGAACACCUCCAUUUGAGGAGCUACUCAAAGGGUUCUGGGAAUCGAAAUCUGCAGCCAAGCAAAUAAACGGGGAUGUGAAACAUCUUUCUACAGCAUUUGAGUCUCAUUCGCAAGCCUUAAGAGACUCUCGAGUUCCCCUUACAACAUUAAAUUGAGAGAGUUUACAAAUGGUCAACUUGCCUGCAAUAUGUACAGGUUAGAGGUUGCAGUUUAUUCAUUUCUUAUCAUCUUUUUUCCUGAUUGUUUUGAGUGUUUAUCUUAUCUUAUCGAACGUUCGAUGGUGGGAAAGCGUAAAUUUGUUACACAAUAUGAAAUAUGUAAUAUUCUUUAUCUAUACCAGUGACAAAUAGAGAGUUUGACGCCAUUGUUUGGUUUUCAUAUUGCGAAAGAAACAAACUGGGCGCCAAAUUCAAUUAUUGUCUUGCUGAGAACUUUACUCUUCAGACUAUAGCCAAAAUUUAUGUUUUGUUAA